AUGGAGAACGGGGAUCACGACACGUCCAUGGAGGAGGAGCCGCGGCGGCGGCGGCAGCGACGGCCGGCGCUGCGGCAUGAAGGUGAUGGUGGCAAGAGGAAGGGAAAGCUCGGUGGCAUUAGAACAAUGCCGUCUAUAUUAGGAAAUGAAAUAUGUGACAAGUUUGCCGCGACUGGGUUCCACGCAAACAUGAUAACAUAUCUCACCCAAGUUCUGAACUUGCCAAUGGUGAAGGCCUCCAACAUUCUUACUAACUUCGGCGGCAUCACCGGCUUCACCCCUCUUAUCGAUGCUCUCAUCGCCGACUCGUUCGCCGGCCGCUUCUGGACAAUCAUCGUCGCUUCCCUCGUCUACGAGCUGGGGAUGAUAGGCAUCACCAUCUCCGCCACCUUGCCGUCACUCCGGCCACCGGCGUGCCCGUCUCAGUCCAACUGCCAGGAAGCUUCCCCGCACCAGCUCCGCUUCCUCUACACGUCCCUCCUCCUCACUUCCAUCGGCACCGGCGGGAUCAGGCCGUGCGUCAUGACGUUCGCCGCCGACCAAUUCGACCUGACCAAAUCAUCCGCCGCCGGUGCUGGCCCCCGACGGUGGAGCUUCUUCAACUGGUACUACUUCUGCAUGGGAACGGCCACGCUGGGCGCGUUGACCGUGGUGGUCUACGUACAGGACAACGUGAAGCUCGGAGGUAGCCCUCUGACUAGAUUGGCGCAAGUUGUUGUCGCGGCGGUGAGGAAGAGGAAAGUUGUGGCGCCGGAGGACCCUGAGCUCUUGUACCAGAACCGAGAGCUCGAUGCUCUCAUUUCUGUCAACGGACGGCUGCUUCACACGGACCAGUUCAAGUGCUUGGACAAAGCAGCAAUAGCAACAGAAAACGACUUCAACGAACCUCCUCCAGCUCAAAAACCAAAACUAUGGCAGCUAACCACCGUCCACCGAGUAGAAGAGCUGAAAUCCAUCCUUCGAGUCUUCCCCAUAUGGAUCUCCGGCAUCCUCCUCGUCGCCGGCUCCUCCCACCUCAACAGCUUCGUCAUCCUCCAAGCCUUCUCCAUGGAGCGCCACCUCUCUUCCUCCUCUUUCCAAAUCCCGCCGGCAUCCCUCUCCAUCUUCAGCGUCGUCACCAUGAUGGCCGGCCUCGUCCUCUACGAGCGCCUCUUCGUCCCCUUCGCCCGCCGCUUCAUCACCAACAACAACCCCGCCGGCGUCACCUGCCUCCAGCGCAUGGGCAUCGGCGCCGUCAUCAACGUUGUCGCCACGGUGGUCUCGGCUUUCGUCGAGAUGAGGAGGAAACACGUGGCGGUUCAACAUGGCCUGCUCGACAACCCAAAAGCCGUGGUACCGAUGAGCGUGUUCUGGCUGGUCCCGCAGUACGUGCUGCAUGGCGCGGCGGAGGUGUUCGGCGCCGUGGGUCAUAUCGAGUUCUUGUACGACCAGUCGCCGGAGAGCAUGAGGACGACGUCGUCGGCGCUCUACUCGCUGACGCUUUCGUUAGGGAACUACGUCGGGACCGGGCUGGUGUCGGUGGUGCAUAGGUAUACGGGUUGGUUGCCGGAUCGGAACUUGAACAGGGGGAAGUUGGAUUGCUAUUACUUGCUGGUGAGCGGGAUUCAGGUGGUGAACUUUGUGUAUUUUCUAGUGGUUGCGUGGCUGUAUACUUACAAGCCGGUGGAGGAAGUGAAGGAUGGAGAUGAAGGUGGUGAUGUUAAUGGAGGUGGUGAGAAUGGCGAGGUGGAGCUUUCUCAGAGAAAGGAAACUGUGUAG